UUUCAGCCGACUCACUCAGAACAUGUGCUGAAAAAAAAUAAACAAAAGAAUUUUUUGGGAUUUAAUAUUGAAAUUUAACAUUUUAGAAGCAAUUUAUAAAAAUUAAAAGUAGCAAAAUAUGGACGUUCUAAAAAGACCGGCUGAAGAGUUCGAGAACGAUGAAAUGGUUGAAGAGCUAUGGGCCAUAAAGGCAUUUGAUCAUGCUGAAGUCUUCUUUAAUUUAAUUUCAUCAUGCAAUCCACGCGAAAUUCAUCUUAGCCCGUUCGAUGAUCAAAUUUAUACGACUUUCAGACAAGACUUUCCCACAAUGAAUAUUGAACACUUGAACGAAUCCGAGAUGAAAAGUCCUUCGGGCAAAGAACAAUGGCGUAAAUUUAUCGAAAAAUUCAACAAAUUAGAAGAUUUUGGUUACGGAUCGCUGAUACGAGUGAAUGCCAAUGAGGAUUUUGGUCCCGAUAACUCGAUGCUUGUGGUGCGGAUACAAUUUUUAGCCAUUGAAAUUGCGAGAAAUAGAGAAGGGUAUAACGAUAAAAUUUAUAAAAAAUACGCCAAAGCUCGAGCGGAAGAGAAACAAGGUUAAAAAAAAGCAAAAAAUGUGAAAUAAAAGAAACUUUUUUAAUUUUUA